AAGGUACACGUAAUAAGUUUCGACUCGUUCUUCGCGGAAUCGCCAUAUUUUACAGAUCGAACAAGAAGCUUGACAACGCCAUUGUGUGGAUUGUGUUAUUUUUCGACGGUUCGUCGAGUGUUUUUAGUAAAAUAGCGAACGCCGAACGUUGCGAGUUUUUCACUGCUGUUUAUUAAGAGUUUGAUAUCACGCUGAAACAACGAAUUACUGCAACGGAAGUUGAAUAAAUGCGCAAACAACAUGUACAGCAAUAACAUUGAUCCUUGGGAACCUGGCUAUGGGCCAGAAAGAAGAAGUCACAAUUCUGAUUAUGACUAUCGCAAUGAUUAUGGAAGUAACAGAUCACCAGAGUAUUCGGAACAUCGUGAUGUUGAUCAUCGUGAUAGGGAUCAUCGUAGUCCAGACUAUAGAAAUCAUCGUGGAAGAGAUAGGGAUCGUGAGAGAGAUCGUUCAAGGGAUAGGAGAGAUCGUAGUAGAGACGAUCGUGAUCGCAGCUAUAGGGAUCGCGAAGAUCGUUAUGGGAGACAAAGAGACAGAGACUCUGUAGAACGAGACAGGGAUAGGGAUAGGGACAGAGACAGAGAUAGAGAUCGUUCUAGACGUGACAGGGAUCGGGACAGAGAUAGGGACCGUAGGGGAAAACGGGAGGAUCGGGAUCGUGAUCGCGACGACGAUCAUAGUCGAGAAAGUUUGGACUUUGAACAUGACCAUGGUCGUGCCUAUAGCUCGUCCAUGGAAGGGAUCCACUACAAAUCACAAUCGCCCAACAACACCAUAAUGAUACGUGGGCUUGCUCAACAUAUUACUGAAAAUGACGUGCGGCAAGACAUCCUCAAUUGUGGUCUUAUGCCUAAGGACAUCAGGCUGAUUCGAAAAAAAGAUACAGGUGCUUCGCGAGGUUUUGCAUUCGUCGAGUUUAACGCGACUCAGGAGGCCGCACGGUGGAUGGAGAUGAAACAGGGAGUGCUGAUGCUGCAGGACCAGUAUCGCGCAUUGAUGCAGUACAGUAUCCCGAAAGAAUGUCAUGUGGAUAAACCACCAGCCAAAAAUACACAGGAUUGGCAUUGUGUUAAGUGUGGAGCACACAAUUUUAAACGACGUGAGACUUGCUUCAAAUGUUCCGCUUCGCGAGCGGAGAGCGAGGAAGGCGGAGAAGGCAGCGACGAAAUCAGUCCUCAUCCCACGAACACCGUACUUCUACGGGGAUUAGACGUAUUAACGACCGAGGAUUCGGUUCUACAAGCGAUGAAGAAUUUGUCAUCCAUGCCGAUACGCAGUAUUCGCAUCGGUCGCGAUUCUCUUACGAAUACAUCUCGUGGAGUAUGCUAUUUGGAAAUGGGCAACGUAGUGGAUGCGAUGUACUUGCAUACUGCACUCACAAAGCAAGGACUGGUAGUCGACGGCAGAAAGGUGGAGAUAACGUAUUGUAAGCUUCAUCAGAUUAAUAACACGAACGCGUGGAAGUCGAACGAUGCCCAACCGCAGAGAUAUACCCUAGACGACGUGGCCCAAUUGGCCGAAUACAGUGCCAAUUUGUAUGCCAAAACACCUGCGCAAAAGGCCCAUUACCUUCAGUAUUACACACAGUACUAUCAAAAUCAGAUAAUGCAGGGCUCGGCGAUCACAUUGCCGUCUCUAAAUCAGACAGAUCGAGUAAACGCGGCCGCGGCGGUGGCACAGUCCGCUAUACAACAAUUGCAGGCAUCCAGGAAAUUAGGAAGCGAUGCCGAUGACGUAAAGGGGCGACCAACUCCUACAGCACCAUCUAGUACAACGUUAGCGAGUGGCAGAGUUCCUGCACACUCCAGCGAUGGAAAAGUAUACUCUGUACCGGACGUCAGCACUUAUCAUUAUGAUGAAUCAUCUGGCUACUAUUAUGAUCCUAGUACGGGAUUAUAUUACGAUCCGAAUUCGCAAUAUUAUUACAAUAGUCAUACACAACAGUUUCUUUAUUGGGACGCCGAAUCAUUCUCUUAUCAACCAGCUAAGACCACUGCGAGUACGACGCAGGGUGCUGCAAGUACAAUAACAGCAACAGCAAGCGGUACAGAUUCCGCGACCACAAUCGGCAAUCAGGCUACGACUUCAUCAGCCACUAAUAUGGCUCAAGAGGCGUCGAAAGAGGAUGAGAAUAAAAAGAAAGACACCAAGCAGGAUAAAGUGAAAGUAGCGAAGAAGAUAGCAAAAGACAUGGAACGUUGGGCUAAAACGUUGAAUCAGAAAAAGGAAAACGCGAAGAAUAAUUGGAACUCGGAAUUUGCCGGUGUAGACGGCAGUCAGGGCAUUGGUGGCAGCGGUGCGGCGGAUGCGGGGUACGCCAUUCUGGAAAAGAAAACCAUUGCGACUCCUUAUCACGAGGAUGAAGAUCAGAGUGGUAAUGGAUUGGUAGCCGCUUACGGUGGUGGUAGCGAUACGGAGGAGGAGAUAGAAGAUGUCCAACAAGAAGAGAAACAGCAUACUGAUUGGAGUAAGCUGGCAUGUUUACUCUGCAAACGACAGUUCCCAAGUAAGGAGGCGUUACUCCGGCAUCAACAGCUGUCCGAUCUCCAUAAGCAGAAUCUGGAAAAUUGGUAUCAAGUACGCGGUCUAGAUCCUAACGAUCCGCAACAAAGGAACAACAAAUACAGAGACCGUGCUAAAGAAAGGCGAGCCAAGUAUGGCGAACCUGAACCACCGCAACCCAAUAAAUUGAAAGAGAAAUACUUAAAAACCAGAGUAGAGGAGAUGUCAGUGUCUUACGAGGAACCUACGCGAGCCGGUAUCGGAUCAGACAACGUCGGCAAUAAAUUACUGCAGAAAAUGGGCUGGAGCGAAGGGAUGGGCUUAGGAAAAUCUAAUCAAGGUAGAACGAGUAUUAUUGAAGCCGAAAGACGCGUCCCUACGGCUGGAUUAGGAGCGAAGGCUUCGUCGUAUAGCGCAUUACCGGGCGAUACUUAUAAGGACUGCGUGAAAAAGAUGAUGUAUGCGCGAUAUCAAGAACUAUCUGACACGUAAUAGGUAAGAUAUAUAUACACACUAUUAUAAUAAAUUUAUAUAUAUAUACAUAUAAGUUUACUCGUACUCGAUUUUCCAUAGACACGUAAUUACACACGCUCGUAUUGUUAUUCGAAUACUGUAGUUACUUACCAAUAAUUGCACAGUGAUCAAUUCUUGGAACUGUGUGUAUACUCUAUGCAAUAUAUACGCAUUUCAUAUAUCCUCGUUCUGUUCUCAUGCUUCAAGAUAAUGGCAUAUUGUAUAAAUUUCGUUUUCUUUUUUGUAAUAUAUAAAAAUACAAUGUACUGUCAAGAUUCAUACACAUACACACAUACACAUAUGCCAUUUUCUACUUUUAUUUAUAUAACGGCGGUGUCACACUUGCGAAAAAAGAGUAACUCUCUCCUUUUAAUCCUUUUAAUUAUAUUAUUCCUGAUUUUUUCAAGAGUUGUGAUUUUUGGUAUAGAAAAAAUGAAUCACUCUGUUGAAAUAGUCUAUUAUGAAUUGUGUUACGUCAUUGUUCAAUGCAAUAAUGUUCUUCGCCAAGAAUAUAAUAUGUACAGUUGAAUGUAUAUCAGUAUAAGGUAUAUUGGUAAAAAAAUUGAUGCUGAGCGUAUCUGAUCAUGAAAAAUUCUCUUUAAAGUUGUAAGCAAUACAGAACAUCACAAGUUAAAUAUUUUGAAGCAUAAUAAAAUAUUCAUUGAUCUAAUGAGCGAGUUGUACGAACAAUAUCACUUUACUAUGAAUAUUGUUACACAUUAUUAGAAAUAUUCGUACUUUUUUAAUAUGUUCAAGAAGAGAAAUAAUAUGCCUUGCUUCGCAAAAAUGAAAAAAAAAAAAAUACACAAUCUAUUCCUCUUAUUAUCCAAGAUAUUUCAAUUGAUCUUUAUUAACGCAUCUUAUAUUUAUUAUAUCGUAUAAUGAAAUGUAAUAAAUUCCUUCAAUCUAAUUAUAUCAAACUGAAUAUAAAGAUA